UGGUGUGCUGUGUCCCUCGGACACAGAGGAUCACCGAUCAACGCAAAGAGCCGAAGAUGUUGGCUCGGUCAUGUGAUCAGCUGUGUCCAAUCACAGCUGAUCGCAUCAGUGCCACCUGUCAGUGUCCAUCAGUGCCAGUUGUCAGUGCUCAUCAAUGCAACCUGCCAGUGCCCAUCAGUGCCACAUCAAUGCCACAUAUCAGUGCCUACCAGUGCACAUCAAUGCCACAUAUCAGUGCCCAUCUGAGCUGCCUUUCAGUGACACCUGUCAGUGCCACCUAUCAAUGCCAGUCAGUGCCAUCUAUCAGUGCUGCCAAUCAGUGCCACCUAUCAGUGCCGCCUAUCAGUGCCCGUCAGUGCUGCCUUUCAGUGCUGCAUAUCAGUGCCCAUCUAAACUGCCUUUCAGUGUCACCUACCAGUGCCAGUCAGUGGCACCUAUCAAUGCCAAUCAGU